GCCUGGCAGGGCCGGAAGCAGCCGCCGGCCUGUCCGCCUCGGCCCGGCGGGACUCGGCCGGACUCGGGUCCGUUCAGCGCGCCUCGGGCGGGUUCGGCUCAGCUCAGCCCGGCUCGGCUCCGGCGGGCUCGCUGGACGGAGCCCGACUCGGGCGGGCUUGGCCCGGCUCGGUUCGCGCUCCCGCGCCGGGGUGAGGCGGGCGGGCGCCGCCAUGGUGUGAGGGGCGGGGGCGAAGGGGCCGAGCCGGAGCCAUGAACCUGCUCCCGGCCAACCCGCACGGCAAUGGGCUGCUCUACGCUGGCUUCAACCAGGACCACGGAUGCUUUGCAUGUGGAAUGGAAAAUGGAUUCCGAGUUUAUAAUGCAGAUCCACUCAAAGAAAAAGAGAAACAAGAGUUUCUAGAAGGUGGUGUCGGCCAUGUGGAAAUGUUGUUCCGUUGCAACUAUUUAGCACUAGUAGGUGGAGGGAAAAAGCCGAAGUACCCACCCAACAAAGUCAUGAUCUGGGAUGACCUGAAGAAGAAGACUGUCAUUGAGAUAGAGUUUUCCACAGAAGUCAAAGCAGUGAAGCUGCGAAGAGACAGAAUUGUGGUAGUCUUGGACUCGAUGAUUAAAGUUUUCACGUUCACACACAAUCCCCACCAGCUGCACGUCUUUGAAACCUGCUACAACCCUAAAGGUCUCUGUGUCCUUUGUCCAAAUAGUAAUAAUUCUCUUCUUGCAUUUCCUGGAACACACACUGGGCACGUGCAGAUUGUGGAUCUGGCUAACACGGAGAAGCCUCCUGUGGACAUCCCAGCUCACGAAGGAGUCUUGAGCUGUAUCGCUUUAAACCUGCAGGGAACAAGAAUUGCAACAGCAUCAGAAAAAGGGACCCUCAUAAGAAUAUUUGAUACUUCAUCAGGGCAUUUAAUCCAGGAGCUACGUCGAGGAUCACAAGCAGCCAAUAUAUACUGUAUUAACUUCAACCAGGAUGCUUCCCUCAUCUGCGUCUCCAGUGACCAUGGCACAGUCCACAUUUUUGCUGCAGAAGACCCAAAAAGAAAUAAGCAGUCAAGUUUGGCCUCUGCCACCUUUCUCCCCAAAUACUUCAGUUCCAAAUGGAGUUUUUCCAAAUUCCAGGUUCCCUCAGGCUCUCCGUGCAUUUGUGCCUUUGGAACAGAGCCAAAUGCUGUCAUAGCAAUAUGUGCAGAUGGCAGCUACUACAAGUUCUUAUUCAACCAAAAAGGGGAAUGCUCAAGGGAUGUGUAUGCUCAGUUCCUAGAAAUGACAGAUGACAAGCUUUGACUGAGGGAAGGGGAGUGCACGGCUCAAAGCACUGCCUCAGCCCCCCUGCACCUUUGAGGGACAGAUCUGAGUGUCCAGUACUGAUCCAGAAGUUCAGCAGAGCUCACGGAGAAGCCUGGCUCAACAUGAUCACAAGCAGCUCUGAAGUAGUGGACUACAUAUGUUUGUUCUCAUUUCUGCAAGUAUUCAUCAUUAAAAUCUCUUUGGGUUACUGUCACCAACUCAAGUUUUCAAGAUGUGGCUUUCAACAAGCUUGUGCCUAUUGGGUUUCUCUUUAGUCCAAACUGUGACAUGACUGUAGCUCCAACGAGAGUGCCUGCCACAGGGAAAGCUCUGCAGAGGCUGUCCACACCUUCAGCUGGCCUUAGGAAAAGGGAUGUGAAAGCAGAAGAUGUUAGGCAUUGCUUUACUUCACUGCAUGGCUGGGAGCAGGGGAACGCUGGGUCGUGUUUCCUCCACCAGGAGUCCUGCCUCCCCCUCCCCUGGCACAGCUGAGGGAACAGAAAAGGUGACAAGUAUGGAGCAAGGGACACUUGUGGAUCAAGUCCUGCUUGUCCUCUGACCUGGUGCCUGGGGCUGGGUGGUGAGGGUCGUGUGGCCCUGCUAGUGCUGCUUCAGGUGAGGAAUCAGCAUUUCCUGGCCAAGGUUCCAGACUCUUUGAAGCAGCUGGAGGCACCUUUGGGCCAGGGCUGACCCAGCUCCCCUCUCCUGUGUGAGCACAGCAAGCACCCAGGGCUCCUGUAGUUGUAGAGCUGAUUCCUUCCAUAAUCAAGUCGGUACUGGUGUGACAGUUGUGAAACUGCUGCCAAACUGCUGCAGCUGGGAGGCUGGAGAGGCCAUGUCCAGGUCCAGCACAAGAACUGAACAAGGUGGCAGGAAAUUCCAUGUCUGCAAUGGCUUUAAACUUGCAAACUUGUCUUUUUUUUUUUUUUUUUCCUUUGAGCUGUCGCAUACUCUUGCUGCCGGCCCAGGGACAGGUAGGUUAGACUGAAGCCACUGAUUGUACACUCUUCCCCACAAAUUGUUACCCUAUUUCCUCCUGACCUAAGGCACAAGCUCCUAACCCAGACCCUGAGAUAGCCCCAAGUUUGGCAGCUGUGGCACUAAACACCGGGGCAGGGAGGUCUUGCUCUUCUGAAAGCUAAUUUCACAGAUGCUUCAGUCCUGACACUCUGUGACUUCAGUUGCAAACUCUAACUUUGACAAGUCCCUUUUAGUGUCAUGUAACCUACUAAGGACUAAUUACCAUGUUGAUGUCAAGGUUGCAUGUUGCUUUUACGCGUAUUUAACCACAGGAAUUGUUUUGCACACUUAUUUGUAAUAUGUUAUUUCUUUUAAAUAAAAGUGACUAACUUUGCUGUAUUCA